AUGUUUUCUGUUGCAUGUGCUAUACACAGUUCUACACGUCGCCCUUAUGUUCCUCCUGAGGCUAAAGAAAAUACAACGUAUUUAACUAUUUCAUAUGAUUUUGGCUGGAGCAAAGUAGGAUUUACAAGUAAAACUGGUCGAGGAUCUGUUAUAGGAGUUUUAUCGAAGAAAAUUUUAGCUGCGGAUGCGUUUACAACUGGCUGUGGUAUGUGUGCUCGAGGUCAUGAUAAAUCAGAUCAUGAAUGUUGCACAAAUUGGUCAGGAAGUUCGAAAGCUAUGGAAGCUGCUAUGGGUGUUAAACUGAUGCUACAAAAUAAGUUAUUUGACGAAGCUAAAGUUGAAAUUGGAACUUUCAUUGGUGAUGAUGAUGCUUGCACUUAUUCAGCUGUUCAAAGACAAGCCUCUCAUAAAAUAUUAAAAUUGUCCGAUGGAAAUCAUGUGAGGAAAAAAUUUGGGUCUGAACUUUAUAAGCUUAGCUCAACAUUUAAAGAACUUAAUGCUGUCGUUAUUCCACACAUAAAAAAGUGUUUUAAUUAUGCACUAGAUCAGAACCGGCAUAAUGCUGAAGAUGCUAAGAAAGCUUUAUUAAAUAUUGUCAAUCAUCUUUAUGGUGAAUAUGACAAUUGCGGAGAUUGGUGCAAAGCUAAAGAUAAUCCUCAUUACAUCUAUAAAAGCUUACCUAAGGGUGAACCUCUUCAGAAUCAAAAUUUAAGAGCAGCUUUGACUAAAUGCUUGACAGGUUUUUCACAGCGGACCACAAAGAUUGCUCAUGGUGGCUCGUCACAACCUAAUGAAUCUUUCAAUCAUAUGGUUGCCAUGAAAUACCCUAAAAGCCGUCAUUAUGCUGAAUCCAAUUCGUAUAAAUAUCGUACGGCGGCAGCGUGUUGUCAAAAAAACUUAGGUAUUUCAUACAUGAAAGAUGUUUACUCGGCGGUUGGUUUGUCUGUAAGUGAGAGUAUGAUCAAAUUUUCAGCAAGGCGUGAUGUACAGCGAGAGAAGAGAGCAGUGAGACAAAAUUCGGUCAGCUACAAACGUGCACGUUGUGAACGAAAGUUGAAGAAACAACGUAAAACAUAUCAACAGGAACAACGAGAAGGCAUUUCUUAUCAGUCAGGUGAUUUCAAUAUCCCUACUGAUUUUAGUGAUGAAAAUUACACAGCUGAAAGCCCUUUCGUUGUUGUUGAUAUUGAAACAACAAGUUUUUAUGAAACAGCUGACAUAAUUCAAAUUGCCGCUACGCAUGGUACCACUGAGUUUGUCAGGUACAUUUUUCCUGUACAACGCAUCGAUAAUAAAGCUAGCGAAGUUAAUGGUUUUUCAGUGAUUGUCUCUCAAAAUAAUUAA